AUGAAAAUGUUUGCUCUCCAGUUUGGAGUAGCUCUGUCGAGUAAUGGAGAUACAGUAUUUGGAAAAAUCGGCACUGUGCAGUAUCCUUGUCCAGAUGUAGGAUACCGAAGACUUCCUCAUACAAAUUCCUGUGAUAAAUACGUCCAAUGUCUUGGAUCAAAUGCUUACGUGGUUAACUGUGGAUCUGGAAUGCAUUUCAAUGCUUUCGAUGGUCAAUGCAUGAGUCCCGAAUUGGCUGGAUGUAAUGUUGAUCGUAUGCCAUGUCCUCAGUACAACGAUCACAAAAAUCCUGUUUAUUUGACCAGCAACAAGAACUGCAAUCUAUAUUAUCUGUGUUACAACAAUCUACCAGUUCCAUUUACAUGUGCUCAAGAUUUAUUGUUCGAUCCGUUCUACUGGCAAUGCAGAAAACCAGAUGAAACUAUUUGUGAUAGAGUGGAAGUAACCUGUCCAGAGGUUGGACUAGCAGCUUUUCCACAUCCUAAUUUCUGUGAUAGAUACGUCGUUUGCUGGCACGGCGCUGACUACGGAGCCACUUGUCCGUAUGGUCAUCAUUUUGAUAUUAAUGAGCGGAAGUGUCUCCCAGCAUAUCAAGCAACUUGCUAUUCGCAAGUAACAACGCCGGAGCCUACAACUACUGAGUCUACAACACCAGAACCGACAACUCCUGAACCAGAGCCAACUACACCAGAGCCUACUACAUCAGAGCCAACAACACCUGAACCUACAACACCAGAGCCAACAACACCAGAGCCUACAACGCAGGAGCCUACAACAUCAGAGCCAACAACAUCAGAGCCAACAACACCAGAACCCACAACUCCAGAACCUACGACUCCAGAGCCUACGACUUCAGAGCCAACAACUUCAGAGCCAACUACAUCUGAACCUACAACUCCAGAGCCUACAACAUCAGAGCCAACUACAUCUGAGCCUACAACAUCAGAACCUACAACAUCAGAGCCAACUACACCCGAACCUACCACUACAGAGCCUACAACACCAGAGCCAACUACAUCUCAGCCUACUACUACAGAUCCUACAACACCAGAACCGGAGACUACGACAACAGAGCCUACAACAACAGAAUCUGAGCCUACGACAACAGAGCCAACAACUCCUGAACCAGAACCUACAACACCAGAACCUACAACUCCAGAGCCAACUACACCCGAACCUACCACUACAGAGCCUACAACACCAGAACCUACAACACCAGAACCUACAACUCCAGAGCCAACUACACCCGAACCUACCACUACAGAGCCUACAACACCAGCACCUACAACACCAGAACCUACAACUCCAGAACCAACAACUCCAGAGCCAACUACAACAGAACCUACAACUCCAGAGCCAACUACUCCAGAGCCAACUACUCCAGAGCCAACAACUCCUGAACCAACAACACCCGAACCCACAACAUCCGAACCAACUACUCCAGAAUGGGACAUAAGCCAAUUUGAAUGUCCAUCUGGAGUUAUAAGGUGGAAGUACGAGCAUCCUUUGACAUGCACAAAGUACAUUCUGUGCUACUGGGGUACAGCCAGUGAACAAGAAUGUGGCGCAAAUACAAUAUUCUACAAGUCUCUGCAAGCGUGCCUCUACGGUAACAGAAUCUGGAUUGUGCUAUUUCUUACCCAAAUUGUCGGAAUAUUGGCUGGAGUUCAGUAUCCUUGUCCACCGUUUUCACCCUUCAGACUUCCCCAUACCACAUCCUGUUCGAAGUUUGUUCAAUGCAUUGGGGGUGUUGCAACCGUACUUGAUUGUGAUGAAGGAUUGCAGUUCAAUUCCCUUCUAAACGAAUGCACUCUCCCAGAAUUUGCAAACUGCAAUCAUGAUUACGAUCCAUGUCCUCUCUUCAAUGAUCCUGAUAACCUAGUUUAUCUAUCAGAUAGUGAAUCAUGCGAAAACUACUACUUGUGCUACAACAAUCAACCUAACCCUUUCCGCUGUAUCGAUGGGCUCCAUUGGGAUAACGAGAGAAAUCAAUGUCGACGUCCUGCAGAUGCUGGUUGCGCACCAUCUGGAGUGAUUUGUCCUCCAUAUGGUACUGCUCUAGUCCCCAGCCCGGUGUCUUGUGAGUACUUUUAUUUCUGCAUCGAUGGUCAUGGAUAUGGAUCUCAGUGCCCAGACGAAACACUGUUUGACAUUGAGAGGAACUUCUGUGUACCUGCUGAUGAGGCUACGUGCUUAGGUCCAAGACCAACGACCCCGACAACAACGACGACAACUACAACAACUACAACUACAACUACAACGACUACAACAUUACGUCCAACGCCGCCAAGCAAAAUGAAGAACGUUGCAGUGAUUUUAGUGGGUUUCUUUGUCGUUGUUGCCAUGGGAGCUCAUGAAGAGUUUUGCAUGGAUAAACCAAAUGGUACUGCAUAUCCCCAAGAAAAUUCUUGCUCAGGAUACUUUUUCUGUGACAAUGGCGAGGGCUUUGACAUGAGCUGUGAAGACGGUUUCCACUUCAGUGUCAGGGAAGGAACAUGUUUGAAGGCUGAAGAAGUCCCCUGCUACGAUGGAGUGAGACUGUGCAAUAAUGACAACGUUGGACACUUUUUCCAAGAACCGGAAAACUGCAAUGGAUAUUUCACGUGCAAAUCAGGAGACGUAGCUGAACACUUCACUUGCUCUAAUGGACUCCAUUUCAAUCCUAAUACGUUCCAAUGUGACUUCCCUUAUAACGCAAACUGCCAGUACAAUCAUGAGGAACAUAAUUACUGUACCGCUUACAGCGACAAUGGAAACAAGAACUUCUUCUUUGUUCCAGACGCCCAUAAAUGCUCCAGAUACUACUUCUGCUACAACGGACAGCAAAAGGAAUUCGUCUGCCCUGAAGGCUCUCAUUUUGAUCCUUUCAAUAACUACUGCACGAAACCUCACGAAGCUGGAUGCAAAGCUACACCAGAAUGCCCAACUGAAGGCUUCCACGUGUUCCCACAUCCUGCCAAUUGUCGCAAGUACGUCUUCUGCGUUGACGGCACUCCUCAUGUGCAGUCUUGCGGUCCCAACUUCUUCUUCGACUACCAAGCGUCAGAGUGUCGUGCAACUGACGAAUCAGUCUGCUUCGACCACAUUUUCUUCUCUUUUGAAAUGAAAAAUUGUACGAAUCAUUUUGAAAAUCAACUCAUUAUGAAAUCAUUCAAUAACUUUUUUUCCUUCUUAAUAGUGUUCUUCAGUGUUUUUCUACUAGUAUUACUACAAAUAACACAUACUGUAUCAUUUACCUUGCCACGACUUGCAGACGUGUGUAGAGAUUCACCGGAUGGAAAGACAUAUCCAAAUUCUCAGAAAUGUGGAACAUUUCUAGUAUGUCAGGACGGUCUGGCACUUCCAUCAGUCUGUUUCCAAGGACUGUAUAACCCUGAACUCGAUAUAUGUGACUCUGCCUACGUCUGCCCCUCAGACUUGGAUUACGAGGCAGAUAAUGAUAACCCGGUGCAAUUGCAAGAAACGACAGUUGCAGACGAUGGCGGAACAGAAAAUCCUGCAACUGAUGGUGAAGAAAGUGAAAGUGAAGUGACUGAAGAAGUGACAGAUGAAGUAAAUGAGGAUGAAACUACCCAGGAAGUAACUGAAGAAUCAACAGAAGAACCUACUGAUGAAAAUAUUGAAGAAACCACAGAAGAAGCAAAUGAAGAUACGACGACACUUGAAGACGAAGAUACUACAAUAGAUCCAGAAGAUGAAGAGACUACAGAAGAAGUGACAUCGGAAGCACCAGAGGAGGAGACGACAACAGAUGAAACCUCUGAGCAAUCUGAAACAACUGAAGAUACUGAAGAAACAAACUCUACAGAUGAAGAAAAUGAUAAUUCUACAACGGAAAGCUCAGCGGAGACAGGAACUACUCUGUCACCUACUGAUGAAACCGAUGAUGAAAAUUCUACUACCCAAACAACAUCAGAAAUCGAAUCAACAACAGAAGAUGGAACUACAAAUGAUGAGGAAACUACAACCACUGAUGAUGAUGUUACUGAUGAGCCCGAAACUGAAGAAACAACUACGGAUGAUAGUGAAACAACGACAGAUGAGGGUGAAGGACAGGAUACAACAGAAGAAGGAGAAUCUACAACAUCAGAACAAGAAUCUACAACAACAGACGAAGAGGCAUCUACAACGCCAGAUGGAGUAGAAUCUACAACACCAGAAGAGGUAGAAUCCACAACAGAAGAAGAGGAAGAAACAACAACUAUAGUAACCACAACUACAACACAAGAGCCUACCACAGUUGUUCCAGGAGAAGUCACAUGUCCCAUCAAGGAUCCAGCUUCAUUGCUGUUCCUGCCAAGUUCAGUUGAUUGUGGCAGAUACUUUCUCUGUUAUCAUUCACGACCCGUUCAGAUGGAAUGCCUACAUGGGAUGCACUGGAAUCAAGAAACGAAAGUGUGUGACUGGCCAGAGAAUGUAAACUGUUCUAUUGAGAAUGAAUCUGUUCCUGACUCCAACAAUUCUCCCAAGUGCCAAAGUUCACGCGGACACUACAUAAUGGCACAUCCGUCUCAAUGUGAACUUUACAUCUAUUGCUAUGAUGGCGAAGCGGCCAUUCAACAAUGCGAAGCUUUUCACUAUUGGGAUGUUAAUGAGGAGCGAUGCGUAAUAAAAGAUCGUGCAACUUGUAUUCUCGACUUGGACGAGUAAUUUUGUAAGAAUCCCUCAAUAUCUUAGUUCAAAUUCCCUUAAGUGAUAUUACAAAUAGAAGUAGCUGCACAUUUUUCUAGUAUUCCAAUAAAAUGGUCAACAAAUUAUUUAUGUAGUUUUAUGUCUUUUUUUUGUACAUUGAUAGGCGGAAGUACAGCUCUUUGCCACGGCCGCAGAAGAAGCAUUUCAGUAUCAAAGAGAUCCGCAACUGAUUUCCGUUUCAAUGUCUGCCAUGAUAAUAUCAACAGUGUGACAAAUAACAUUUUAACAGAGCACUUUUGCACCAUUCAAACAAAACCAUAUAAUUGUUAAAUUGAUAAGGAAAUUAAAUGUUAAGCUUCUAGCAGUG